CAGAUUACCAUCUAUCCCAUACUAUGACAUCAGAUGACCAUCUAUCCCAUACUAUGACAUCAGAUGUCCAUCUAAGACCAAUGGAUCCUUCUAACCCUGAGGAACCUUCUGAGAAAUCCCAUACAUCAGAUGUCAAACUGAGAUCUCACUAUGCGGAUAGAUCAACACAUUCAUCCAAUCCCAAGGAGUCUUCUUUAUGUGGUGGAGGUUACAUAGGAGAGAGUUCAUUGUCAUCUAUGGAUUGCAAGAAAUCUAACAUCAAAAGCAGAGCACUACCCAAACAGCAGAGAAGUCCCUUUUCAUGCCCAGAGUGCGGGAAAUGUUUCACUCGGAAAUAUUCCCGUCUUGUACACGAGAGAAGUCACACGGGAGAGCGUCCUUUUCCCUGUUUAGAGUGCGGAAAAUGUUUUGUUGUCAAAGAAAGACUUCUCAUACACCAGAGAACUCACACAGGUGAGCGACCGUUUUCGUGUUCGGAGUGCGGGAAAGGUUUCAUUAUCAAAGAAAGCCUUCUUAACCACCAGAGAACUCACACUGGGGAGCGUCCUUUUUCAUGUUCUGAGUGCGGAAAAUGUUUCGUUCAGAAAGGGGAACUUCGUAUACACCAGAAAAGUCACACAGAUAAGUGUGCUUUUCCAUGUUCAGAAUGUGGGAAACGUUUCCCUCUGAAAGGAAGACUUCUUAGACACCAGAUAAUUCACACAGGUGAGCGUCCUUUUUCAUGUUCAGAGUGCGGGAAAUGUUUCACUACGAAACAAAACCUUCUUAAACACCAGAGAAUUCACACGGGGGAGCACCCUUAUCCAUGUUCAGAGUGCGGGAAAUCUUUCUCUCAGAAAGUAGGCCUUGUUAAACACCAGAGAACUCACACGGGUGAGCGUCCCUAUUUAUGUAGUGAGUGCGGGAAAUGUUUCCUGGAGAAAUCAGGUCUAAUUAGACAUCAGAGAAAUCACACAGGUGAGCGACCUUACCCAUGUUUACAAUGCGGGAAAAGUUUCAAUCAGAAAAAUGCACUUGUUACACACCAGAGAACCCACACAGGUGAACGUCCUUUCUUAUGUAUAGAGUGCGGGAAAUGUUUCACCCAAAAAGAAAACCUCCGCGAACACCAGAAGAUUCACAUAGGGGAGCGUCCUUUUUCGUGUUCAGAGUGCGGCAAAUGCUUCAUGAAAAAAGCCAAACUUAUUUUGCAUCAGAGAGUCCACACGGGUGAGCGGCCUUUCUCAUGUACAGAGUGCGGGAAAUGUUUCACCUGGAAAGGAGACCUUCUUAAACAUCAGAGAUAUCACACGGGGGAGCGGCCUUACCCAUGUUCGCAAUGUGGGAAAAGCUUUAAACAGAAAUAUGCACUUCUUAUACACCAGAGACUUCACACGGGGGAACGCCCUUUCUCAUGCACGGAGUGCGGGAAAUGUUUCAUUCACAAAGAAGACCUUGUUAGGCACAAAAGAGUUCACACGGGCGAGCGUCCCUUCUCAUGUUCGGAGUGCGGGAAAUGCUUUACAAUCCAAGGAAAUCUCAUCAGACAUCAGAGAAUCCACAACAAAUGGUCGGCCAUAAUCCCGAACAAAGUUGACUCUGCUACUCAAACAAAAUUUGGAAGGGCUGGAGGUCACAAGCCUCGGGACUUUGCUACUCAAACGUGUGAAGAAGACUUCAGGUUCUCUCGAUCGGAAAAAUCGUACGUGUUUGGUGCAAGUUAUCACGACAUUUCUAAGGACCAUGACUACGCUGUGCAUUCAAACCUCGUGGUUCCCCAAACUCCCAUUUCAGCACCAGAAAAAAUCAGUCUGGCUCAGGACCGACGCCAAAUACAUUUUACACCAAUAAAGUGUAAUAUUACAGAGAUUUCUACCACGGAAGGCAUCUGUGGAUCAACGCAAUCAGAAUCUACAGAACAAGUAACGUUCGAAAACCCAUCUCCACAAUCGGACUCAAUUGUGCCCAUUAAGUUAGAGUCGGAGUCUAUCGGUGACGUUUCUUUGGAACGGGAAUUCGAAAAUUUUGAAAAUGAAAUCGCUAUGGAUUUGAACGUAACGUUGGAAAAAACGGUCGAUGGAAACGACAUUCCUGAUCGUUCUGCAGUUACAGAAAGUGACAUGUCACAGGCUCGAAAUUACGUCAUGGAAAAAUCUAUUGAGAAUACACAAGACCAACAAAGUAGCAUUAUUAAUGAUCGAAAUGUUAUUGUUUUUGAAUCGGAAUUAGACAAACUUCUUAUUUGCCCCACCGAAGACUGUUUUGAAACUAUUCAAAGUUUAGACAAAGUGAUUAUUGGAAGCCUUUUAAAAGUCUAUGGAACAUGCCCAGACCACCAUCGCCAAAUCAUUUGGCAAAGUCAACCGGAUAUAGCCAAUUGUGCUUCUGGAAAUGUCCUGCUGUCGUCGUCCAUAGUCUGCAGUGGUUCUUCUUUUACAAAAGUUAAAGAAAUGUUCGACCUGGUAAUAACAUCAGAGAUUGUUGAUCCAGAGAAUAUUCAAAUGCUUUUGGAAGAUAAGAAAGGAUUUUUUUUACCCAGUUGCCUCAAUUUGAACCAAAAUUUACAGAGGUUUUUGCUUUCCUCUAAGUCAACUGUUGAUGGACUCUUUGUUCUGAAAACCUCGGAAGGAGAUCCAAUUUCAUCUCGAGAUUUCAAGGCAGAAGAUGAUGACAUCACACAAUGUUCUCCAGGAGAUGAUCCCAUUAUUCCCACAGCACAUCACAGACCUUCCCAUCUGAAGGGAUCAAUGGAUCCUUCUAAUCCUGAGGAACCUUCUGAUAAAUCCCAUACUAUGACUUCAGAUGUCCACCUAUCCCAUACUAUGACCUCAGAUGACCAUCUAUCCCACACUAUGACCUCAGAUUCAGAUGUCCAACUAAGAUCAAUGGAUCCUUCUAAUCAUGAGGAACCUUCUGAUAAAUCCCAUACUAUGACCUCAGAUGACCAUCUAUCCCAUACUAUAACUUCAGAUGACCAUCUAUCCCAUAUUAUGACCUCAGAUGUCCAUCUAAGAUCAAUGGAUCCUUCUAAUCCUGAGGAACCUUCUGAUAAAUCCCAUACUAUGACAUCAGAUGUCCAUCUAAGAUCAAUGGAUCCUUCUAAUCCUGAGGAACCUUCUGAUAAAUCCCAUACUAUGACAUCAGAUGUCCAACUGAGAUCUCACAAUGCAGAUAGAUCGACACAUCCAUCCAAUCCCAAGGAGUCUUCUUCAUGUGGUGGAGGUUACAUAGGAAAGAGUUCAUUGUCAUCUAUGGAUUGCAAGAAAUCUAACAUCAAAAACGGAGCACUACCCAAACAGCAGAGAAGUCCCUUUUCAUGCCCAGAGUGCGGGAAAUGUUUCACUCGAAAAUAUUCCCGUCUUGUACACGAGAGAAGUCACACAGGAGAGCGUCCUUUUCCCUGUUUAGAGUGUGGGAAAUGUUUUGUUGUCAAAGAAAGACUUCUCAUACACCAGAGAACUCACACUGGGGAGCAUCCUUUUUCAUGUUCUGAGUGCGGGAAAUGUUUCAAUCAGAUAGGGGGACUUCGUAUACACCAGAAACGUCACACAGAUAAGUGUGCUUUUUCAUGUUUAGAAUGUGGGAAACUUUUCCCUCUGAAAAGAAGACUUCUUAGACACCAGAUAAUUCACAAGGGGGAGCGUCCUAUUUCUUGUUCAGAGUGUGGAAAAUGUUUCACUCAAAAAGUAGGCCUUGUUAAACACCAGAGAACUCACACGGGUGAGCGUCCUAUUUCAUGUUCAGAGUGUGGGAAAUUUUUCACUACGAAACAAAACCUUCGUAAACACCAGAGAACUCACACAGGGGAGCACCCUUAUCCAUGUUCAGAGUGCGGGAAAUCUUUCACUCAAAAAGUAAGCCUUGUUAAACACCAGAGAACUCACACGGGUGAGCGUCCCUAUUUAUGUAGUGAGUGCGGGAAAUGUUUAACCACGAAACAAAACCUUCUUAAACACCACCAGAGAAUUCACACGGGGGAGCGGCCUUUCUCAUGUACAGAGUGCGGCAAAUGUUUCAUCCACAAUGAAGACCUUGUUGGACACAAGAGAGUUCACAUGGGCGAGCGUCCCUUCUCAUGUUCGGAGUGCGAGAAAUGCUUUACAAUCCGAGGAAAUCUCCUUAGGCAUCAGAGAAUCCACAACAAGUGAUUCUGCUGGCAACUACGGUAUGAUGGCAUUUAAUGGAUGGAGUAGUUCAAGUACAAAUUCCAGUAAGAAGAGUGAGAGUCCCUCAUAAUGGGCCCAGCAGACACAGUGGGGAAAAUAAAUAAUGAUUUAAUCCCCUGCAAAUUUUGUAAGAGGUCAGACGUGUCUUGGAGUUGGUGAUCAGGUCUCCACACACCUCAGGAGGGAUUUUGGUCCUCUCUUCUUUACAGAUCUUCUCUAAAUCCUUAAG